AAUAUAGUCAAAAUAAACCAUUGUAUUAAUAUUAUUUUACCUUUUUUUUAUGCUUUGUUAUUAGUAUCCACAGGAGCUGCCUGAGUAAAAAUGAAACGUACUAGCUAAGACCUACUCCUUUCAUCCGAGCUAUUAGUACUACCUGAUAUACACUUGGUUUAAAGGCUUCCCUGUGCUACAAAAUUACAUACAGAAUUUUAUUUCGUUAGUGAUUUCUGAAUAAAGGGCUUAACGUUGGUGGUAUGGCUGAAAAAAGAAAAGUUGAGGAUGAAUUGAUUCCUUCUAGUAAUGAACAUGUUAAGAAGGUUGCUACUGUAACAAGUGUCAGUGAGGACGCUAUUCGAGAGAGGAUCGUGAUAUUACUUGGGUAUUCAGGAUUAGGUUACCAUGGAGUUCAAAUAAAUGAGCCCUUGAAGACGAUUGAAGGGGACAUUGUACAUGCUUUACAGGAUUUGGGAUAUCUCAAAAAAGAGAAAAUAGACGAAAACAAACUUGUGAUUGCCAGGUCUGCAAGGACGGACAAAGGAGUCCAUACACUUGGAAACCUUGUUUCUAUCAACGUGUUUAUACAAGAUUCAGUAAAUCCAUCAGUGCUGCGUGAACAGCUGAAUGAAAAAUUAAACAGACAAAUACGCAUAUGGGAUGUAUUCAAGGUACAUAAGUAUUUUAAUCCAAGAAUUUCUUGCGAGUCCCGAACAUAUGAAUAUAUGAUACCGUCGUUUGCAUUGAUUCCACCAAAGGAAUCGACGCCUUUUUUUAAAAAAUCACAAAAAAAUUUAAAUAGGGAGCCGGAAAAUGAAUUGGAAAGUCUAUUGUUGUCUUCUACUGCCAAAGCUAGAAGUUUUUGGGAACAAGUAGAAAAUAAACGAGAGGAGCUUAAGAAAGAGUUCGAAAAGGAUCCUGAAACAUUUACCAAUCCAUUUACUGGAAUUUUUCCAGAAAAGCCUAUCCCUGCUCACAUAAAAAUCCCAAAUGAAGCUAAACUAAAAAAAGCUCAAAAACUGGCCGACCAUUACUAUUGCAUGCACUACCGAAUCUCUGAAGACCGCCUUCAAAUACUUCAACAAAUCCUUCAAUUAUAUUUAGGCAGACACAAUUUUCAUAACUUUACAGUCACUCAGGACCCGAAGGCAUCUAGCAACUAUCGGAUUAUUGAAUCAAUUGAAUGUGGUAAACCAUUCGUCUAUGAGCAGUGGGAGUGGAUUCCUGUAACGAUUCGCGGAAAUUCUUUUAUGUUAAAUCAAAUACGUAAAAUGAUGGCUCAUGCUCUUAUGGUGAUACGAAGUUGCGCAAGGUCGAAUGUCCUUACAAAGUCUCUUUCACCGGACGUAUCUAUGAACAUUAGCAAGAGUCCUGGGCAUGUGUUACUUUUGAAGGAUAUAAACUAUUCCUCUUACAACAAGUCGCUACAGAAUGAGAAUCAUUUCCAAAUAGAUCUUGUAAAAUAUAGAGACCAAAUGGAAAAACUUAAGGAAGAAGUCAUAUACCCAGAUAUCAUCCACUUGGAAAAGAAAGAAAAAAUGUUUUUUAGUUUUUUGGCGUAUGCUGAUCAGCAUACAAAAGGUCAGUUUGAUUAUUUGUUUCAGUAAUUGCCUCUUUCAGACCAUUUUUAUUUUUGUUUUAUUUUUAUUUUUGAUAAAGGAUAUUCCAUUUUCUUUCUGUUUGACGCACCAAAGAAGAAAUUGCAAAAAAUCUUUUUUUUUGUUUGUUUAUUUACAUCUAUUAUCAUUUUAUACAUACCCUACCCUAAAUCCUUAUAUGAUUUUUACUACAUAUAGGCUCAACGCUCUUCCUGCUUUUACCAACUACCCAGUGUAAAUACUGAGCAGAUAUUUUAUAUACAAUAAGUAUUUCUGUUUAACCGCAUUUAGAAGAAAAAGUAUGAAAUAGGAAGUUAAAACAUGUU